CUGUGUAUAUAUAAGAUCAUGACCCAUCCUUCAUGACCAUACUGGCUGGGAAUAAUCAUACAACAUUUUUCGAAUUGGAUAAACUGCACUCCAACAGAGUAAUUUAAUCAUUUCAGUGACUUAUUGAGAUUCAAGUUGGUUGCUUUGUCUGCAGGAGAUUCAAGAGAUCAUUAUUUAGUAUGUAUUUGUGGGCAGACUUCCCAGGUAAAGUAUUUUUUCCAUUCUCAAAUUCUGGCAACAUCGUAAUGAUUAGCAUACACCCCCAUGCCAGCCCCCUUCCUCCUCAGCACAUCGUAUUCUCGCCAAAACGAAGUUGCGGAUAAGGGACCAUGUCUCACCGACUUCCCUCAGCAGAGUGAGACACCACCGGAGAACAGACGCCCCUCCCUCUCGGAAUAUUCCCUCAGUGUUUGCCCACACAAGACUGAUCCUGCUUUAAAGGAACACGCUCUCUAUCGCAACUCUUCUUGGUUAUAAGAAGAUGGCGAGUGUAUCCUGGAUGGCUGUGAUGCUGCUCUUAAUAACCUGCAGGGAGAGCAUGCACUGCGAUGGUCUUACAGUGGAUCCUCCUGACGAUCUUGUGAUAUCAGACCUUGGGCAUUUCGGACGUCUCCAGAUUUCAUGGAGCCCCCCAGCCAGUCAGAUCAAUGAGACAGAGUGCUCUCAUCUCUAUCAGCUGGAGUACUUCAACUCAUACACUGACAGCUGGAGUGCUAUCAGGACGUUUAAGAGGACUUACACAGCCCAGUUUGAUCUGAUGAAAGAUGUCAGAGUGAGAGUGUACACUUUGCUGAGAGGCCCGUGCACCAACGACACUUUGAUCAAGAGCUCCAGUUACACUGAAGUGGUCCAGAAACCUCCCAGCACAGGCGUUGGUACCCCUGUGCAGGAUUUUGUCUGUGUUUACCAUAACAUGAAAUACGUGGAGUGCAAUUGGGGAAGAAGCCCAAAGCUGCCGGCCAACUCACAGCAACAUCUUUAUUUCUGGCACAAGGAGCUGGAGCAGGCAGAGGAAUGUCCCACAUAUGUCAAAACAGGUGAAACCAGGAGCGGCUGCAACUUCACAGAGAGUUCCCUCCCUGAAUUCACUGAUGUUAACUUCUGUGUGAAUGGCUCCUCCCAGGAAGGACCCCUGAAACCAGCAUUUGUCUCCCUUCAAAUCCAAAACCAAGUAAAGCCGGGAACAACAGAGAAGCUUGAUCUGCGAACAGAUCCUGAUGCGCAGCUGGAUCUCCGCUGGAACGGUCCUGCUGGGAAGAUCCCUGCUCACUGCCUGGAGUGGGAGGUGGAACACAAUCAAGAGGGACCUGAUGGGAAAAUGACUUCGCAACAGAUUUUAACCAAUCAGAAGAGUCUAAAACUGCCCUCCAUCCACGACACUCAGAGAAACUGCUUCAGGGUUCGGUCCAAGUUGAGCAAGUAUUGUGCAAACAAGGGCUUCUGGAGUGAGUGGAGUCCUCAGACAUGCCAACCAGAAAAAAGAGAGGUAGCAUCUAACCCAUGGGACAUUGUACCUGUCUAUGUUUACAUCGCUUUUGCCAUCCUUGCCAUUCUGGUGCUGUCGCUGUGUGUGGGGGCAGUGCUGAAAGUGAGGAGCUUGAGAGAUGUGAAGAAGCCGGACGCUCUGCUCGCCAACCUGUUUGCCAGAAGUUCAGUUGUUACAGUGACGGAUGCCUAAAACCUGCUCCACCAUCUUCAAGCAGCUCCUGGUAUAUGCUUUCAGGGUCUCUGAUAGAAAUUCACACAAUAACCAAACACAAGAAGCCCUCAAAGUUGCCACAAAGUCAUUCCCUGUUGAAAUUUUACUGAAGAUAUCUGGGUUCAGUUGGCUAAUUUAUGUUACACACAGUAUUAUAUCGUACAGCUUAUUGCACUGUGCUUGAACAUUUUCAUCAACAUUUUUAUGCAAACGCCUGAAUCAACAUGAACUACUUUCCAAUCAUUUUAACUGGAAAUGUUUUGGUGGUUGGUAUCGCUCUUUAUGAUUAUUUUUUUAGUUUCUUGUUUACUUUUUUCCUGCAACAAAUGCAGAUGUUGUGUUCAGGAGCAAGUGCCAGUAUUUGUUCUUUGAGAUUUAGUUUUAUGAAGUUUUAUUAUAUGCCAGAUGUCUUGCCACAGUUGAUGUAGUCUUUUUUUGUUAAAUGUAUGACUUUUUGCCUCAACUUUAGUCCAAAACACAUAUAUUUUAUUAUGUUUAAUCUAAUUUACAAGAAUCCUUUUUAAAGUAUUUGUUUUGUUUUGAUGCAACAGAUUUAGAUUUUAUUACUUGAAACAACGUAAAAGAGAAUAAAUGAGUUUCAGAUGUUUUCAAUGCCAUUAAUCCUUGCCAUUUGUUGAAGUUUUUGAAUUGUAAAUCAACCUGACUGCCAAAAUGUAACUCUUGCCAAAAUCUGUCGAUUUCAUUGUGUGCUGUGUGUUUUUUUAUUAAAUAGUUGAAUUGGU